GAGUUCAUGUUCCUGGGCGAGCCAGCUGAAACGCCUUUUGUGUGUAUGUGUGAGUGAGUGUGCGAUAAGAGUGAGUGUAUAUGAUGCGCGGUACCUCGUCUCGGUGUAUAUCUAGCAUCCUCCGUUGCUUCUGGGAGGCAAACGGAACCCGUACAAGGAUCCAGCCAGUAACAAUGUAUGGCCUGUAAGCUGCCAAUCAUGGCCCACAAGAAGAAGCCGGAAGCUAGCGGGGGAAUCAACAUGGCAGCACCCGCCCCUAGCCGUGCCCUUCACUCUACAGAGAGACAAGACCAAAAGUCUCUGCCCUCUCGGCCCCGCCCAGUUCGCUAUCCCAAAGAGUCACAUGGUCAGAAGCCACUCCCCAGGCCAUCCAAGGUCCAAUGCUCUCUUCCGAAGUGCCGGGAAGUGAGUCCAAGCCAACCAGAAGAGGAGGUUGAAGUGGGCAUGGUCAAGCUGCAGUACUACAACCAAUCAGAACACAAGAUGGAACUGGAUGUGGUCAAGCAGCAAUACUUAAACCAACCAGAACAGGAGGUGGAAAUGGGUGAAGUAAAACCUCAAUACUACAGCCAAUCAGAGCAGGAGUUUGAGGAGGAAGGAGUGGACCCUCCGUACAACAAAAAAACAGAAAAUGAGGUAGAAGAUGUAGUCGAGCCCAAUUGCUACAGCCCACCAGAAGAUGAGUUGGAAGUGGGCGAGGUUGACCCUCAUUACUACAGCCAACCAGAACAGAGUGUGGAGGAGGUAGGGGCGGAGCUUCAGUAUUGUGGCCAACCAGAAGAGAAGGUGCAGGUGGAUGUGGUUGAACCUCAGUCUUGCAAUCAACAAGAGCGAGAGCUCGAAGGAUACCGACCGCAAACACUGCCCACACUGGAACACAAGCCUCUGAAUGACCUUCCGGUUCCUGAUCUUCAUGUUUGUGACCUUCCCAUGCAAGAUCUUCCUGUUCGAGAGCUUCCUGUGCAUCAGCUUCCAGUGCAGGACUUUCCCGCAACUUUCCACAUUGCAGACGACAGCCUGGACGAUGACUCCAGCUCAGACUACAUGAACAACACCUCAGAAGAUGAGGAAGACUAUGACGAAGGCCUGGCGGAGGAGGACGAGGGCGUGACCUACUACAUCCGCUACUGCCCCGAAGAUGACAGUUACCUGGAGGCCCCGGAGAGCAGCCGGAACCAGCCCGGCCUCGACCAGGGGAAUGAGAGAAAGUACCCCCAGACCGCCCAGCAGGACAGACCAACCACGGACCAACCGAACCCGGAGGGGGAGGUGGAGUGGGUCCAGGAAGAGGAGGUGGAGGAGGGUGGGGGGGGGGUAAGAGACAAAGCGUGGGCAGAAGAUGAGGAGGCGGAGAGGGAGGCAGAGACGAAGGAGGGACGGAGAGAGGAAGUCGGCCAGGUCAGAGAGGUCCGGUUGGGAGGUGGGGAGGGGAGACCCAGGGCAGAAGGGGGGGAGGGGUGGUGCGAGGCAGAGGGCGAGGUCCGCUGUGAGGUGGUUGAGCAAGACCCCGACCAGCAGCUAUACGAGGGUCGCCCAGAGCCCGUUCUGGACCGCCAUCACCAACACCGUCAUCAUCAUCACCCCCCUCCACUGAACGGGGGGGUCGAGGAGGGAGAGCAGGACCACUGCCUCCCCAACAAAGAAGUAGAGCAGGGAGACUGUUAUCAAGGCGACUACUACGCCCACGAGGAGGUCAACGGUAACCCCCUGCCCCCGUCUCCGGACGCCGGCCGGCGAGCCGUGGCGGCGGCUAAAGAGACUGGGGACAGGCCAUGGCCGACGGGGGGCGACGAUGCUGAGGAAGACAUUGACCUUAUCGUGGCGGAGAUCAAGAUGAGCAUGAGCAUGGGCAGCCUGAACAGCAGCGCCGAUCACAGCCCUGAGGAGCACCAGUACCAGGCCCCCGCGCCCCCACACCGCCAGGACGGCCGUCCCAAGUCCCUCAACCUAUCGUCCAAUAGUCACAACAACGCAGAGGUCCAGAGUGUCUUCAAGGCCUACCAGCGCAGCCCAGCCGAGGAGGAGCAGAGGUGGUCCCAGGAAGAGGUGAGCAGUAGGGGCGAGGGCCCGAGGAGACAGCAGCAGCGUUCUGACCUCAACGUUCCGCUGGAGAACAACAAUGUUCCUGAGACCAAGAAAGCCACAGCCUUCCCCAGUUUUGUCGAUGUCCCAGGUCCCUGUGAGCCAGAGGACCUGAUAGACGGGAUCAUCUUCGCUGCAAACUACCUGGGCUCCACGCAGCUGCUGUCGGAGAGAAACCCCUCCAAGAACAUCCGCAUGAUGCAGGCCCAGGAGGCUGUGAGCAGGGUCAAGAGAGUGCAGAAGGCGGCCAAAAUCAAGAAGAAGACUGCAGAGGUAGACACCCAAACGAUGACGGAGGUGGAUCUCUUCAUCUCCACUCAGCGGAUAAAAGUUCUGAACGCAGACUCCCAGGAAACGAUGAUGGACAACGCACUGCGCACCAUAUCCUACAUCGCUGACAUCGGGAACAUCGUGGUGCUUAUGGCGAGGCGGAGGAUGCCGCGCAUGGCGUCGCAGGACUGCAUUGAGACAACGCCAGGGGCCCCUGAGACCAAGAAACAGUACAAGAUGAUCUGCCACGUCUUUGAGUCGGAGGACGCCCAGCUCAUAGCCCAGUCGAUCGGCCAGGCCUUCAGCGUGGCCUACCAGGAGUUUCUGAGAGCUAACGGCAUCAACCCAGAGGACUUGAGUCAGAAGCAGUACAGUGAUGUCAUCAACACCCAGGAGAUGUAUAACGAUGACCUCAUUCACUUCUCCAACUCUGCGAACUGCAAAGAGCUGCUGUUAGAGAAGAGCAAAGGGGAGAUCCUGGGCGUGGUGAUCGUGGAGUCGGGGUGGGGCUCCAUCCUGCCGACGGUGAUCCUGGCCAACAUGAUGAACGCCGGGCCGGCGGCGCGCUCCGGGAAGCUCAGCAUCGGCGACCAAAUCAUGUCCAUCAAUAACACCAGCCUGGUGGGGCUGCCACUCGCCACCUGCCAAGGCAUCAUCAAGGGCUUGAAGAACCAGGUGCAGGUGAAACUGAACAUCGUCAGCUGUCCUCCUGUGACAACGGUCCUAAUUAAGCGACCAGACCUUAAAUACCAGCUGGGCUUUAGUGUGCAGAACGGCAUUAUUUGCAGUUUGAUGCGGGGGGGCAUCGCGGAGCGAGGGGGGGUCCGUGUGGGACACCGCAUCAUCGAGAUCAACAGUCAAAGUGUGGUUGCCACCGCCCAUGAGAAGAUCGUCCAGGCCCUCUCCAACUCAGUGGGAGAGAUCCACAUGAAGACCAUGCCAGCUGCCAUGUUCAGACUGCUUACUGGACAGGAAACACCAAUAUUCAUUUGAAGGAAGGGGGAGGGACCAUGCAUAACUCAUCAAGCCGACAGCUAGGAUUGGUCUUCACAAUCCCAAGGUGCAACCCUAGCGGACCAAUAAGGACAGCUUUUUCCCCUGGACAACAAAACAGAUUGAAAAUUAUUUUCCUUCAAUGUUUAUCCUCCCAUUCUGUGCAAACAUGUCAGGGCUUCCCACACCCAUGCUCUCCUCGUCGAACAUGCCGGGAGUGAUGAGGUCACCAACACAUCAGGUGGUUGAGAGCGAGCAGGCAUUUGUUUCUGUUUAUGUUCUACUUCUGUUGGGAGUGCGAUAAUUUUCCUGUGCUUCUACUGUCUCGAUGUCAGUUCUGUUGUUUAUUUAUUUUAACCAUGUAAAUAGUGGCUGACGUCUGUGAGAGAAAGGUUGAAGGUCAAACAUAAAGAAAGGAAAGGGUUGAGUGUGUAAAUAGGUGAGCUGGAAAACACAGGUAUGCUUUGUCUUUAUUUAAUGAGAUUUUAGAACCGUACUGUGAACCUACAGCGCGAAGUAUCGCGCCAAUGAGUUUGUAUGCUAACGUGCUAAUCUGCAGAUGGACAAGGAGGUCUCAGCAGAGGCUAACCGGGAGCAACGGCCAUUUUGUUACAGAUACGACUACUACUAGUUUAGGCCAAUAGAAAAAAAUUCCAACUCUGGAAUGGACAUCACAAAAGGGAUCCUCACAUAAUUUACCGUUCCCAUGAAUGGAUCGACGACGCCUCAUUUCAAUAAGAUGCGAUGCAACUUCAAGAACAUUUACAAUAAUAACUUAGCUUUUGACAUCGAGGUCAUUCUUUUGAAAAAGAUCAAGUUUUAACAUUCUUCUUUUUAAGUGACUAAUCUGUGCGUGUGUUUCUGUACCUGGGUAUGUGUACUUAUUUGUUGUUUCUGGUGGGGGGGAGGGGAGGAGUGUACUGUGAAUGUAUUGUUUUAUGUGAGCUCUGUUGUCAUCAGCAGUACAAGAAUGUCUUUACAUAAGGAUUAAAAUGUCUAGUAUAUUGUGCCCAUGUCUCACUCACGUUUUAGUAUCUGCUAGCACACAACUUCCUGUCAAGAGUGUGAGAAAGAAAGAGCUAUUUAAUUGCACUGUGGCAGAAAAAACAGCUGUCCUACUUUGGAGUUAUGGCUUAUAAAGAAAAAAAAAGACUGAAAACCCUACGCAUACAAACAUCUUCUGUGUGCAUGCCUCUGUGUGCAAUAACUAUCAGUAAUUUCUGCAAGAUAAUAAAACGGAACCAAUUUGA